CACAGUGUCAGUGUCAGAUUAAUCAACCGCUGUGUGUGUGCUGCGUUGAUUCGUGACGUAGAUUUUAUAAUAAUUUCCAUUUAAAAUUCCGUUUUCCAUUACCGGGAUUCGGGAGUGUGCCUGUGCCUUCGAUUAGUGGUUAAAAAAAGUUAAAAUCAACAUGGCCGCCACGAACAACCCGUACGAUCAUCUACUGAAGACCAUAGAGAUUGAUGGCAAGCAAUUCAAGUAUUAUGACGUCACCGGACUUGGGGAGAAGUAUGACCGUCUUCCCUACUCCGUGAGGGUACUCCUGGAGUCCUGUGUGAGGAACUGCGAUGGUUUCCAAGUGCUGCAGAAGGAUGUCCAGAACGUCCUGGAUUGGGAGACCAACCAGGCCGUUGAGGGGGGCGUCGAGAUCGCCUUCAAACCCGCCAGGGUCAUUCUGCAGGACCUGACGGGUGUCCCAGCAGUAGUAGACUUCGCAGCCAUGCGUGAUGCUGUGAAGGAUCUCGGUGGAGACCCCCAGAAGAUCAACCCCAUAUGUCCAGCUGAUCUGGUCAUUGAUCACUCUGUGCAAGUCGAUUUUGCUAGGAGCCCUGAUGCCCUGAACAAGAACCAAGAGUUGGAGUUUGAGAGGAACAAGGAGCGGUUCCAGUUCCUCAAGUGGGGGGCGCAGGCCUUCGACAACAUGCUGAUCGUGCCCCCCGGCUCCGGUAUUGUGCACCAGGUGAACCUGGAAUACCUGGCUCGCGUGGUGUUCAGCAAGGACCUGCUUCACCCCGACUCCGUGGUGGGCACCGACAGUCAUACCACCAUGAUCAAUGGGCUCGGAGUCGUCGGAUGGGGCGUUGGUGGAAUCGAAGCGGAAGCUGUAAUGUUGGGACAGGCUAUCAGUAUGUUGCUGCCUAAAGUGGUUGGGUACAAACUCGUCGGGGAAUUGAACCCGCUAGCCACCUCCACCGAUCUGGUGCUUACUAUAACUAAGCACCUCCGCUCCUUAGGCGUAGUCGGCAAGUUCGUAGAGUUCUUCGGUCCGGGCGUCUCAGCACUAAGCAUAGCGGACCGCGCGACGGUAGCGAACAUGUGUCCCGAGUUCGGUGCCACGGUCGCGCACUUCCCCGUCGACGAGCGGUCGCUGCAGUACCUGUGUCAGACUAACCGCUCUCAGGAGAAGAUAGCGAUCAUCGAGGCGUACCUGCGCGCCACCAAGCAGUUCCGAGACUACAACAAUCCGGACCAGGAUCCCAUCUUCUCUGAGGUGGUAGAGCUGGAUCUGUCGACAGUAGUGACAUCUGUGAGCGGCCCGAAGCGUCCUCAAGACAGAGUGUCCGUCUCUGUCAUGAAGAAAGACUUCCAGGACUGCUUAACCAACAAGGUCGGCUUCAAAGGCUACGGUCUAUCGCCAGCGAACCUCUCAGCGUCCGGCAGCUUCAGCUACAGCGACGGCAAGACGUACACCAUCACGCACGGGUCCGUCAUCAUAGCUGCCAUCACUUCCUGCACCAAUACUUCCAACCCCAGUGUUAUGUUGGGCGCUGGUCUCCUAGCCAAGAAGGCAGUGGAGAAUGGCCUCAGCGUGCUCCCUUACAUCAAGACUUCUCUGUCACCAGGAUCCGGAGUGGUCACCUAUUACCUCAGGGAAUCCGGCGUAGUCCCAUACCUAGAGAAGCUAGGUUUCAACAUCGUCGGCUACGGAUGCAUGACAUGCAUCGGCAACUCCGGACCCAUUGAUGAUAACAUUGCUAAUACUAUUGAGAAGAACGAGCUGGUAUGCUGCGGUGUCCUCUCCGGUAACCGUAACUUCGAGGGCCGCAUCCACCCCAACACGCGAGCUAACUACCUCGCCUCGCCGCUCCUCGUCAUCGCGUACGCUCUCGCCGGCACUGUGGACAUCGACUUCGAAACUCAACCUUUGGGCACCCGUGCGGACGGCAGCCCGGUGUACCUGCGCGAGAUCUGGCCGACGCGUGCCGAGAUACAGGAGGUCGAGAACAGACACGUCAUUCCGGGCAUGUUCAAGGAGGUGUACGCCAAGAUCGAGCUGGGCUCGCCGUCCUGGCAGGCGCUGGACGUGCCGCAAGGCAAGCUGUACGGCUGGGACCCAAACUCCACCUAUAUCAAGAGACCGCCGUUCUUCGAUGGCAUGACCAGGGCCCUGAACCCCCGGCAAGGCGUGCAGAACGCGCGCUGCCUGCUCCUGCUGGGCGACUCGGUGACCACGGACCACAUCUCCCCCGCCGGCUCCAUCGCCAGGAACUCGCCCGCCGCGCGCUUCCUGGCCGACCGAGGCCUAACCCCCCGCGAGUUCAACUCGUACGGGUCGCGGCGCGGCAACGACGCGAUAAUGUCGCGCGGCACGUUCGCCAACAUUCGGCUCGUCAACAAGAUGGCGCCCACCCCCGGGCCCAAGACCACGCACCAUCCCAGUGGGGACGUCAUGGAUAUAUUCGAUGCGGCUGACAGAUACGCCUCUGAGAAUGUACCUCUCAUCGCAGUGGUUGGCAAAGACUAUGGCUCGGGUUCGAGUCGGGACUGGGCCGCUAAGGGACCUUAUCUACUUGGUAUCCGCGCAGUAAUAGCGGAAUCGUUCGAGCGCAUCCACCGUUCCAACCUGGUCGGUAUGGGCAUUGUACCGCUCCAGUUUGUAGACGGACAGAAUGCUGAAACUCUUGGCUUGGACGGCAGUGAGAUUUACAGCAUCGACCUGCCUGAGGAUAUAGCGCCCGGACAGAUUAUUACUGUCAAGGUGAACAACGGUACAACAUUCCCAGUGAAAGUACGUUUCGACACGGAGGUCGACCUCACGUACUUCAAGAACGGCGGCAUCCUCAACUACAUGAUCAGGAAGAUGUUGUAAUGUCAUAUGUAGCAAUACGACAUCGUGUUACAUUGUCAUAUAUGAUGUUACGUAAUGUCAUAUAUAACAAUAUGACAUCGUAUUACAUUGUCAUAUAUAGCAAUAUGACAUCGUGUUACAUUGUCAUAUAUGAUGUUACGUAAUGUCAUAUGUAACAAUAUGACAUCGUGUUACAUUGUCAUAUAUGAUGUUGCAGAGUCAUUGUUAAAUAUGACAUUGUGUUACAAUGUCAUAUAUGAUGUUAUGUAAUGUCAUAUGUAACAAUAUGACAUCGUGUUACAUUGUCAUAUGUGAUGUUACAGAGUUAUAGUUAAAUAUGAAGCCAUUUCUAUAUGAAGAUGUAUGGAGCAAACACAUAUGACUUAAUUUAUACUACUUGUAGUUUCAUUUAAGUCAUAUGAGUGAUCUCCAUACUGUUUGAAUAUUCUUCAUGAUUAUAAUGUUUUAUUGUCAUAUUCUAUAAUUUACUACUAUUGUCAUAUAAGAUAUUCAAGGCUCAAAGUUAAGUAUGGGAUCAUAUUUAACUAUGAUUCUAAAGAUAUUACAAUGUCAUAUUAUAUAAAUAUGACAAGAUGUUGUCAUAUAAUGUUUAGUUUUAAGAUUAAGAGAUGGUAUAAGGGUUUUUUUUUAUUAUUUAUAAAUUAAAUAUAAACAAAAUGUAAUUUAAAUAUUUACGGGAACAUGAAUUAAAUUAAAUUACUUUUGAAUAAGAACAAAUAUAAUAUAAUAUUGUUUUUUUUUACCUGCACCCCAGACAAGGGGUCUCGGGUCCGAUUCUCGUGUCGGGCAAAGUAUUACUGGGCUUUUUUCGGUUUCUCGAAACUUUUUCAGUAGUAGCACGGAGUCUGGAACCGUGCCCAGUAUAUGGCAAUAGGCUCACCCCCUAUUACAUGGGACUUAUAACACAAAUGGUGAAAAGUGGGUGUACAUUGUAUAGCGGCAUUACGUGCCGUAAUGUGCACCUCUGCCUAGCCCUUCGGGGAUAAAAGACGUGACGUUGUAAAAAAUAUAUAUUCAAGCCCUAGUUUCCAGGAUAUAAACCAUCUAUGUACCAAUACAAUCAUGUAUAGAUUAUAAGUAAACGAAUAUAUUUGUUAUAUUUUGUUA